CGUAUAAAUCUGUAGGCGAUAAUGUUAUUUGCAAUUUCGUUUACUACUUCUGAAUUAGAGUACACUUAUAAGUCCACAUAUCCUUUUAAGCGAGGCGGUGGUGAAACUCGGUUCCAAUUUCCUCUCGUUUUAUCCUAUUUCCUUCCUCGGCCGAGCGACGCCUUCCACCUCUGAGAUGCAUUUGCUCAUGUGGAAUCGAAAACGAACCGCUUAGCUGCCUCCCACAGGAACAUGCCGACUUUCAUAAAGUAAAACUUGCAUAUAAGUAAUAUAUUUUGAAUAUUUCCUUUACAGAAUUUGGGUCACACACUUUACAAAGUUUACAUGUUCUAUCGAGGUAUACCCUUGCAUCCUACCCACUGAUGUGCACAUAAGCCGUCUUAUGUCCAAAUCAGUGGAGCUCGAUAUCCUCUAACCCAACUUUCUCUUUACAGUAAAGUGUUAAGUGUAACUCAAACUAUAUUUUUGAUGUAAACUAAUUAUCAAUUUCAUUCCGUCGAAGUACAAAGUAUACAUUUUAAAAGUGUUGAAAAAGAUAUUAAUAGAGAUAUAAAGUGAACUAUAAACUAAACAAUAUGUGUUGAACCUUCAGUGUGGUAAAAUGACUUUAGUGAGAACUGUCAGUGGUACAGAACUGUUUCUAGUGGAAAGUGUUAACAAUAAAACGAUAUGGGAUGACUCAUAGUGAAAAAUGUUAUGUGCAACCCACUAUCCGGUCCGAAGAUGAUGCGCGAAAUCCACGACAAUGCUGGGGCAGGCGCAAGCGGCGGGAUGGAGGAAAGCGAGGCCGGCGGGAAUGGGGUUGCCGAGAUCGAUAUGGACGACUGCGGCUCCCUCGCGCUUCCUCCCGACCUGCCCCCCUACUCCGGCGACUACAUCAUCAGCGACUAUAUGGAACGCCUCGGCACCCGUCUCAAUAUUCUCGAAACGGAACUUAAGUAUGCUUGGCGGGCACUCGAUCUGCUCAGUCAAGAAUACGUCAGGAUGUGGGAGAGGCUCGAGAGAUUGGAGACGUUGCUUGCCGAUCAACAGGGUGUGAUAUCAACAUUACUGGACUUCUAUACAUGUCGAAAUGUUGGCUCUAGAGAUCCCAUGACGCGACUUGAAGUUAUAAGGGAGAUAUUAGGUAACGGUACAGUCGAAGAUGGGAUAGAAGAAGGUUUAGACAUUGGAAGAAGUUCGGUCUUGUUAGAUCCACAAGAAGAAGUAAUGGAAUCGAACGAAGCUUUUUAUAAAAGCCUGAAUCAAGCCUAUCGGGAUGAUCUAGUGUGUGAUGAAACUUCCAGGCCACCAUCACAAUUAGACAUGAUUUGGGAAGCUCCAGAAGAACCAGAUAUUGAAAUCAUGCCAACAAGCUCUAGGCAAAUAUAUAGUUCAACAGACUAUAAAGAUUAUUGCGGUAUGAAAGGUGGUCCUGUAAUAAGCGAAAGAGAUUUAGUUCAUCUGUCUGCUCUAAGUACAAUAGAUCAAAUAACAGUAGAUAAAUUACAUGAAUUAGAUAGAUUGACAACUCAAUUACACAAGGAUUCAAGAGAAUUAAAAGACUUAAAAACAAGGCUUUUGAGUCCUGAAACCAAAAUAGCAAAACAUGACAGGGAAAUAGAAGCAAAAGCUUUAGUUGAAGAUGGUAAUAUAAUAAAUGAACAACUCAAGAGCGUUUAUCCUGGAGGAGAUAAUUGGGCUAUCAAUGACAUGAUGAAAAGUUUUGACGAUUUUAUGUUAACUGCGCCUAAAGAUAAUAUUGUCAGAGAAAAGUCUCCUUCAAGAUUAUCCCUUUCCGAUACUUCAGGAGAUCGGUCAAUUGAUUAUUUACCUCCAACUCUUUCACCUCGUCGCAAAUUUGUACCUGAACGAACAACGACAGAACCGUAUACCACUGUAACAGGGCGACUGGCUUAUAGUUCGGCUGUAGCUAAUGCUGAAAUUAAUGCGGCCAAAGCCAAUAAGUCACCCAGCGCUCUCUCAAGAGAUAGAUUUGAAUAUAGCUCUACGUAUCAAAUAACAGACUCUUCCAGACAAAUUUAUUUUUCUAAUAAAGGCAUGUCUCAGCCUUUAAACGAGAUGUAUAAAUCAGGUUCAGAACAACUAUCUCCCUUGUCAAUUCAUGAAAUAUACAACGGACCUAGUACUAACGAAUUAGGUUACGAAAAUAACAGACUACGGAAAUCUCCUAGCCCACCUCCACCAGCGCCACCUAACGGAACAGACGUGUUCCCUUCGAUUGAAAAUAAUAAUGAACUAGUUGUUCAUCAACCAAUGCUAUCGACUGGCAACGCAGUUCCUCAUGAAGGCAUGCGCUUAAGUCCCAGAUCACCAAAGUCACCAAAAACUUCACCAAAACAUGUUAAACGUGAUACCACAAAUAUUGUGGCAGCAAAAUCUGAUUCUGGGUUAUCAUCCAUGAGUGGAUGGUCAAGCUUAGAAAAAAGUCCAGGCUCACCUAAAACUGGACGAAUUUCUCAUGGUAGCCACGAUUCUCACAAAAUGAGAGGUCCAUCUCCGCAACCAACGCAGAGAGUGUCUUACGAGAUUGAUUCCAAACCGUACAUAGAAACACUGGUUGACUCCUAUCUCUAUGAAGGCGGUAGUAUCAAAAGUGAUUAUAACCUGCGUCAAGCCGACCACAUGGCAAAAGAACUAAGUUCUAGAGAUUUAAAUAAAAUGCAAGGAAAAGUCGAUGUGGAAUACAUCAAAAGCGAUCCUCCUUAUUCAGUCACCGAUCAAAUGACGCAAAUUAGUAAUAUUGGAGAAUAUUAUUACGGAAACGAAGCGCCUUCAAUAUAUUCCGUAGCUGGAAACAGGCAACCCAUAUUCACAACUGUAUAUAGUACUCCACGGGGAAUGUUAUCUGAAGAUAGAAGUUUUUCCGAAUUAUUAGAUAGAAAUGAAAUUUCCGAAUCUAUUGUGCGACCUUCAGUAGAUUCGUAUCCACCAGAACCUAGUUAUCAUGCACAAACAGUUGUAAUGUCAGCAGCAAAUGCGAAUAAACGACCUUUGGCGAGAGCUAAUACGAUGGGUGCAAACGAUCCUCAUUUUUAUCAAAAUGGAUAUAAAGGUCAUCGUCCCGGAUAUCCUCCUGGAAAUCUCACCGAUGCGCUCUCGUAUUACCCAACAUCCAGUAGAUACGAUUCACCAAAACGAUCUUCUUUAGAAGAUCAAAUUUCGUGGCAAGGUGGCAGUAGAUCUCCAACAAGUUCAAUGGAAACAUCUAGCUUAAAAUCACAUUCUUUGAGUAUAACUGAAAGAAAACAAUUCCAAAAUCAAUUACAGCAAGAAUAUUUUAAACAACAACAAUAUGACCAAAGAAAUGGUAAUGUCAUGUAUGAAAAUCAAGGUUUUGAAAAGCAACCUACUCCUGAACAUUCCAAAAUCAGAAAGGAACAAUAUGUAGACUCAAGUGGAAUACUUGUUUCCGAAUCGGGCUAUUUGUCAAUCUCCAACAAUUUUAAAGGUAAAACACAGGAAGCCAAACAACCUAAAAAACCAAAACGUACUUCAUCAUUAAAGUCGGCUAUGUCAUCUAUGAGUCACUGGCUUCCAGAUUUACAUUUACCUAAAAAACAUAGAUCUCAUUCGUUACCAUCAGGCGUGGACACAGUUGAACAACAACAACAAGAGAAAACUCUAAAGGAAAGGAUAUUAUCGGCGCAACGGAGGAAAAAGAAAUAUCAUUUGGUAGCAUCGAUGUCUGGAUUGUUACAAAAAGCAAGGCGGAAGAAUCAAGCUAGUCAUCAGUCACUGUCUGACCCAGAAACUUCGGAAACUGAGUGGUCUGGCGGUAGAUCUAGCGCUCAGUCCGAGGACAGUGACAGCGUUUUUUCUGAUUCGGCUCACGAAGGAAGUAUGUUCCCUAAAGUAGCACCCAAGCCUAAAAGGAAAAUGAAUACUCAAGAAAUCGUGGAACAACAGCUUAUGGUACAGGAGAGAAUACAAGAACGAGUACCAGAGCAAGCUCUAGAAUACCGUGAUGAUGACAAUGAAUGUAUAAUAGAAGAAAGCGAAAUGUUUGCGGUGGCAAAUAACGCUAUACCAAGAGAUAAAAGCGAUGAUAUCGACUUUCAUUUUGCUCGAGUUAGUCAAAUGAAAAAAGAUAAUAACAUACCAAAACUAGAAAAGUUAGACAUAGAUACUGAUAUUUCCAACGUAGAUUUGUUUGAAGAAGAUCAAAAGACAGCUGAUGAUCAAUCUCCAACGUCUCUGUUUGCUACCAUAGGUGAUGUUAAAAAGUCAUCAAAUGUUUCUGAUGAAGGUUUGAGCGAAAGUAAUAAAUCGUAUAGUGGAAGUUCACAAGAAUUUGCAGUUUCCAGGGCUCUUGGAAAGUAUCGUUUACGAAAAUCAACAUCGGUUUCAGAUGAACAUAUUGCAGAUUUGUCGCCCCCAAAGGUAGAGACUGAACAAACUGAAGACAUAAAUGAGGAAUACACGAAUCAAAAAGAAAAGAGAGUUCGCAAGCCCAGUCCACCUGAGGUUGUUAAUACAAUCACACUUACAGAAGAUACAUCGACAUUGCCUGAAAGAAGUCCAUCUAUACAAAGUACUCGAGGUCAACCAAAUAAAUUCCAACCUCGGCAUCAACAAAGUUUAGAAAUACCUAACAAACAUGAUGACGAUGACAGCAGAAGUACUCAUUCCUGGAGGAGCGGUUCACGUGUUUCGUCAAGGAGGCAAAGUACAGAAGACAGUAUUGAUUCUGAAGAUGAGUGGUACUGCUACGAACUUAGAAAAUUAGAAGAAAUGGAACACCAGUCUCAAUUAGAAAUUGAAAGACAGCAAACUUUGCCGGAAGAGCCAGAAAUGGAAGAUAUAGAUGAAGAAACGAAUGAGGAGGAUUUGAAAGAAAAAAUGUCUUUUGUUCUAAGAGAAUUAAAACUUAAGACGGCAACUGUUAAGCAAAAAAUUGACGAAUCUCCAGUUAAAACUGAUUGGAAGGAUGUAACAAGUUUCCCAGUUAUGGAAGACACAGCUGAUAAUGCAUCUUAUAGUGCAGAUGGAGAUGAGAUUUACGACGACUCUGGAUCAGGUGAAACUUCAGGACCUGAUAGUCCAGUACAAAGUGGUGACGAAAUAGAUGAAGACUAUGAUUCACCAAUAUACUCCCAAGAUACCACCGUGCGUAUUGAUGACUUAAAUACAUCAUCUUCUCUAACAAAGUCAUCGAACUCCUCCGAUACUCCAGGUAGCAAAUGGAAGUUACUUAAAGCUCUUAAAGAUCGCAAAGCUGAGGAGAAGACUACCGACACGCCAGCAGCUACAACACCGUCUAAUGAAAAAGACAAGGUUAGCGCCGGUAAUGGCUCCGGAGGAUUCAACGAGCAAGGCGGCAGAGGAAAUGGGCACCCCGGUGAUAACCCCUUCUACAGUAACAUCGACAGUAUGCCAGACAUCAGGCCUCGAAGGAAAUCGAUCCCAUUGGUCUCCGAACUUGUUCUCAAGACCAUGGCGGCAACGAAGAGAAAUGCAGGUUUGACAUCGGCAGUACAUCGGGCUACGUUGAACGAUGAGGAACUGAAAAUGCACGUAUACAAGAAAACUUUGCAAGCGCUCAUCUACCCUAUAUCAUCUACCACGCCUCAUAACUUCGUGCUAUGGACGGCAACGUCGCCCACUUAUUGUUACGAGUGCGAAGGGCUACUUUGGGGGAUUGCAAGGCAAGGUGUAAGGUGCACGGAAUGUGGAGUCAAGUGCCACGAAAAGUGCAAGGAUUUGCUCAAUGCCGACUGUCUACAGAUGUGUUUCGCAGGGGCGGCCGAAAAGUCUUCGAAACAUGGCGCCGAAGAUAAAGCCAAUUCCAUCAUCACAGCCAUGAAGGAAAGAAUGAAACAACGCGAACGAGACAAACCCGAAAUUUUCGAGUUGAUCAGGCGGACUUUUAACGUCGACCCAGACACUCACAUAGACAGUCUUGAACAGGCCAAGCAAGUCACUAUAGAAGGAACAUCCAAGUGGUCUUGCAAGAUCGCCAUUACAGUUAUCUGUGCUCAAGGGCUGAUCGCGAAGGAUAAAAGCGGAACUUCAGAUCCAUACGUAACCGUCCAAGUUAGCAAAGUGAAGAAAAGAACAAGAACUAUGCCCCAGGAAUUGAACCCCGUCUGGAAUGAAAAGUUCUACUUUGAAUGCCACAAUUCGUCUGAUCGUAUCAAAGUGAGAGUGUGGGAUGAAGACAAUGACUUGAAAUCGAAACUGCGGCAGAAACUGACUCGAGAGUCCGACGAUUUCUUAGGACAGACAAUCAUUGAGGUGCGAACCUUAUCAGGCGAGAUGGACGUGUGGUACAACCUGGAGAAGAGGACUGACAAGUCAGCGGUGUCUGGUGCCAUCAGGCUGCACAUCAACGUCGAGAUCAAGGGAGAGGAGAAGGUGGCGCCCUACCAUGUCCAAUACACGUGUCUUCACGAGAACCUGUUCCACUACCUCUGCGAGGAGAACAGCGGCGCGGUAACGCUACCAGCAGCGAGAGGAGACGAUGCUUGGAAGGUGUACUUCAAUGACAUACCAGAAGAAAUCGUUGAUGAAUUCGCUAUGAGAUACGGAAUUGAAGCGAUAUAUCAAGCUAUGACGCACUUCCACUGUCUCUCCACGAAGUACCUGUGUGCUGGAGUCCCAGCAGUGAUGUCCACACUGUUGGCCAACAUCAACGCUUACUACGCUCACACCACAGCAUCGUCUGCUGUCUCUGCCUCCGACAGAUUCGCUGCCUCCAACUUUGGAAAAGAGAAGUUCGUCAAGCUACUGGAUCAGUUGCAUAACUCAUUGAGGAUCGACCUUUCAAUGUACCGGAACAACUUCCCUGCCUCGAGCGCAGAGAAACUUAUGGACUUGAAGUCUACUGUUGACUUGCUCACCAGUAUUACGUUCUUCAGGAUGAAGGUUCAAGAGCUGAGUAGUCCGCCCCGCGCCAGCACUGUAGUCAAAGACUGCGUGAAGGCUUGCCUUAGAUCAACAUAUCAGUUUCUCUUUGAGAAUUGUUACGAACUUUAUAACAGGGAAUUUCAGGUGGAUCCAAAUGAAGCUAAAAGAGACCCCUCAGACCAUGGGCCGCAGUUGGAUUCAGUGGAUUUCUGGCACAAACUAAUCGCUCUCAUCGUGUCUGUGAUAGAAGAGGAUAGAAACAGCUACGCACCCGUACUCAACCAGUUUCCUCAAGAGUUGAAUAUUGGACAGUUAUCUGCUGCGACAAUGUGGUCACUAUUCGCGGUUGACAUGAAGUACGCGUUGGAAGAACACGAACAACAUCGUCUUUGCAAGUCUUCUGCUUACAUGAACUUACAUUUCAAGGUGAAAUGGUUGCACACAAACUACGUCAAAGACGUGCCGCCAUAUUGUGGAGCUGUUCCAGAGUAUCCUGCCUGGUUCGAACCUUUCGUUAUGCAGUGGCUUAAUGAGAACGAUGAUGUGUCUUUAGAAUAUCUGAAUGGAGCCUUCAACAGGGAUAAGAGAGACGGGUUCCAAAAAUCAAGUGAACACGCGCUCUUCAGUAACUCAGUGGUAGACGUGUUCACACAACUGACGCAAUGCUUCGACGUGGUUUCCAAACUCGAGUGUCCUGACCCUGAGAUCUGGAAGCGGUACAUGAAGAGGUUCGCGAAGACCAUCGUCAAGGUCCUUGUGGCUUAUGCUGAUAUCGUCAAAAAGGAAUUCCCUGAACAUCUGAAGGAAGAACGGGUGGCAUGUAUCUUGAUGAACAACAUCCAACAACUGCGAGUUCAACUGGAGAAAAUGUUUGAAGCUAUGGGUGGUACUAAGCUGGAACGCGAUGCUGCUGAUAUUCUCAAAGAUCUGCAGAAUAGUCUCAACGGCACGUUAGAUGACCUCGCUUCUAUGUUUGCUAUCAGUUUGGAAACUCGAAUAACAGCCAGUGUGAAGGAGCUGGGUGAACUAUUAUCAAAGGUGACAGGUACCACCGCGCCAGCCAACCAAGCUCAAACACAUCACGAGGCUGAUGAAGUUCUUAGACCUCUUAUGGAUAUAUUAGAUGGCUCUCUUACAAUGUACGCUGAAUCCUGUGAAAAGACUGUACUCAAACGACUACUAAAGGAAUUGUGGAAGAUUGUGAUCAAGAUAUUAGAAAAGACUGUUGUUCUUCCGCCUAUGACUGACAAAACGAUGAUGCUGAAGAAUUUGACGAACAACGCUAAGAACUUAGCAGCGAAUGCGAAGAUCGAAGACAUGACACAGCUGUUCAAGAGCACGGUGGGCAAGCAGGACGUCAAGCAUGCGCUGUCUGGAGUCAUGGACAUAUCGAAAGAGCACCUAUCAGCUGAGAAGAGUUUGACGCCGAAGCAGUGCACCGUCCUCGACACAGCUCUGGAUACCAUCAAGCUGUACUUCCACGCCGGCGGCAACGGUCUCAAAAAGGCCUUCCUCGAGAAGAGUCCUGAGCUGCAGUCCUUGAGAUAUGCUCUAAGUCUUUACACGCAGACUACUGACACGCUCAUCAGGACUUUCGUUAGCUGUCAGCAGAAUCAAGAUGCUGCUGUGGCGGAAGAAGGCAGCGUGGGAGAGAUAUCGUUGCAAGUGGACUUGUUCACACACCCUAACACUGGUGAACAUAAAAUCACGGUGAAAGUGGUGGCAGCAAAUGACCUGAAGUGGGUUAUUCAAAGCGGGAUGUUCCGUCCGUUCAUUGAGGUCAACCUCAUCGGUCCACACUUGGCGGAGAAGAAGAGGAAGUUCGCCACGAAGUCCAAGAGCAACAACUGGAGUCCGAAGUUCAAUGAGACUUUCCACUUCAUGGUUAGCGCUACAGAGCAGUUGGAUCUGUUCGAGCUUCACGUUUGUGUGCGUGAUUACUGCUUCGCACGCGAGGACCGUCUCGUCGGAGUCGCUAUCAUGCGCAUGACCGAAAUUGUUGAACAGGGUGCCAUCGCUUGUUGGCUGCCUUUAGGAACACGCAUCAAGAUGGACGAGACUGGCUGGACGAUACUGAGAAUACUUUCCCAAAGGCACAACGAUGAAGUCGCCCGGGAGUUCGUCAAGCUAAAGUCGGAGAUGAGGACUGAGGCCCCGGCCGGAGCACCAGGCCCCUCGUGAAACGCUUAAACAAACCCCACGUGCCACAACAUUCAACACAACAUACCAACUCCAAGACUGCGACUGGACUGACAAAUCCGGUUGUGAUGUCCCUUAGUAUUUUGAAACAGUUUAAAGUGCGUAAGCGAGACAGAACCAUGUUCUGAACGAUACGUGCGAGAGAGACGAAGCCACUGCAACGGAGUAAGGAUAUGACAUUCGGCGCUCCGGCGGCUCCCGGUCAGUGCUCGUUCGUUUUAUUUCGUACGAUCUCGACGGAGAUGCGUUUUGUAAAUAAAAUUAAUCUUUGUUAAGUUACGCGGAUAGUAGAAUAUUUUGCACAAAUUCGUAAACAUUAGCAGAAAAGACUGACCGUAGGCGGCCGGGCGUCGCGGCGUACGCGAGUAGGGAUCCAGCUGCACCUAAACUCUCAAAUCUAAACUCCAAAUGGUCGGCAAACACUUCGUUCGCCUCAAAACGCUCCAUGUUUCUUAACUUCGCUGUGUUUUGAUAAUUUAAUCAGUGGCGAAGUUCUUUUCUUCCAUUUACUGCCUAACUACACUUUUGCUGGGUACCUAAAUUCGCGAACGCAUCGUUGACCCACGAUUUAUGUAAUAAUAUUUAUAUGGACCAAACUGUCGUAAAUACGGAUGAAUUAAUCCUUAAACAUUAAUAUUAAAAUGCAACAUAAUUAUUUAUCUAAUUAAUCAUCUACUCGUUAUACGUGUACAGUAAGAUAUAUGGCCUUAUGUAAAUUAUUUCCUUCGUUUGUUGGUUCCAAUGCUUCAGUCGAGUCGGUAACGUGUAAAAGUGUUGAGGAUGUUUCCCGAGUGCUAUGAGGUUAUGCGUUUCUAUAUUUUCCUUUCGAUAAAUGCGUGGUGUAUAGAAUUAUGCGAAGUAAAUAAAGCAUGUUCGUUAGGUGAUGAGUGUUAUAUAAAAUGGAAUUAAUAUAGUCAUAGCCGUCGUUUGUUCAUGAGAUCCUUGCGAUGCUUUUUGACGUCUGUACGGUAAUAAAUAUAGAAAUAAACACAUUUAUAUUGAACCAUAUAUCUGAAUGCAUACGUUACGUCAGAACUAAUGGCUUCCGCGACAAAUAUACCGAACAGGAAAUUAUUCGUUUUGAUUUAUUUCAGUUCUUGUCUUGCAAUGUUGAAAAUGAUCGACGAAAUAAAUAUGAAAUCUUGAGAAUUUGAAUACAAAUUUAUUCGUACAACACAUCAAAAAGUAUCGCGAUGAAAAUGGAUCAAAAAUGUGCGGUCUUGUCAUACUUUAUAAAAUAAUAAAUACUUGUUUUACGUGUCCCGUUUUGAGUGACCUAUAUAUCUCUGUAUAAUAUCUAUGUGAUCCAUACUAUUGCAGAUAACUAUGUACAUAAACAUAAGUAUGUGUUGACAUGUGUAUAUCACAAUAUUUGCUAUUACUUUAAUAAGCUUGGCCUGUUUGAAGUGUAAUCAAAAAUCUCCAAUGUCUUUUUGUAUAUUAUUGAAAAUUGUGAUAUUGUUAUAAAUGACGAAACAUCGUAUUAUCGUGUUAACCUGUUUGACGAUUCCGAUGUUAUUGUUAAUAUUUGUUUCGUCGAUGUAUUCGCGAGACGUAACAUUAAAAAUACAUUCCAUUUGUUGAUUUUGAGACUGUUUUUAAUAGAGAUCUUAUUUUUGUUGAUCAUAAUUACUAAUUUUAUAGAACACUAUGUUCGUAUUUGUUUUAGAAAUAGCCUUCCAUAUCCUUUAUUUGGAUCUUGGCCCAGUGCUCAAAAAUAAUUUGUUAAGGCUAUAAUAUGGCGAAUAACAAUAACGAAUCGUUGAUUUAUUAACAUAAUAAUUAAUCAUUAAUACCACAGUCCAAAACUCAAAACACCAUGUUUGAAAGUCACAUAAUACAUUAGUGUGUGUACAUUUUCAAUGGCAUUAAAAAUUGUAUCAAAAA